AUGGCUACGAACGGUAACAGUUUAACGCCUGGGAUGGGGGAGAUCAUCCAGUUAAACGUCGGUGGGACAAGGUUCAGCACCUCCAGACAGACUCUGAUGUGGAUCCCAGACUCUUUCUUCUCAAGUUUGCUGAGUGGAAGGAUAUCCACUCUUCGGGAUGAAACUGGAGCUAUAUUUAUUGACAGAGACCCUACAGCUUUUGCACCAAUUUUGAAUUUUCUCCGAACCAAAGAAUUGGACCUGCGAGGUGUCAACAUCAGUGUCCUACGACAUGAGGCAGAGUUUUACGGGAUAACCCCUUUAGUACGGCGCCUAUUGCUGUGUGAGGAACUGGACCGCUCAUCGUGUGGUAGUGUUCUGUUCCACGGUUACCUGCCACCCCCAGCCGUCCCCGCCCGUAAAUCAAGCCCUCCCUCAGCAGCCUCUGGCUCUUCCUCUGAAGAGCGGCCAGGUCCAAGUGGAGCAGAGGGCUUCACCCGUGUCGGUCCCCCUCCUCACCCUUCCCUCCCUGGCUCACCUGGAACAGAUGACAAACACAAGCUGGGUCCUGUAGUUGACCCUAGGAAGGUGUUGAUUAUAGCAGGACACCACAAUUGGAUUGUAGCAGCUUAUGCACACUUUGUCAUCUGCUACAGGAUAAAAGAGUCUUCUGGAUGGCAGCAGGUGUUUUCCUCCCCCUACCUUGACUGGACCAUUGAACGCAUCGCGCUUAAUGCCAAGGUGGUGGGUGGCCCGCAUGGAGACAAGGACAAGAUGGUGGCCGCUGCCUCUGAAAGCAGCAUCAUCCUCUGGAGCAUCCAAGAUGGAGGCAGUGGUAAUGAGAUAGGUGUUUUCAGUCUCGGUGUACCUGUUGAUGAUCUCUUUUUCAUCGGGAACCAGCUGGUGGCUACGAGCCACACAGGAAAGGUGGGGGUGUGGAAUGCCGUCACACAACACUGGCAGGUUCAAGAUGUGGUCCCCAUCACCAGCUGUGACACAGCAGGAUCCUUCCUACUACUGGGCUGCAACAAUGGCUCUAUCUACUACAUAGACAUGCAAAAGUUUCCACUGAGGAUGAAGGAUAAUGAUCUUCUGGUGACUGAGCUUUAUCAUGACCCUUCGAACGAUGCCAUCACCGCGCUGUCUGUCUACCUCACACCUAAAACCAGUGUGAGUGGAAACUGGAUAGAGAUAGCCUAUGGGACUAGCAGUGGUGCAGUGAGAGUGAUCGUGCAGCACCCAGAGACAGUGGGAUCAGGCCCCCAGCUCUUUCAGACAUUCACUGUGCACAGGAGCCCCGUGACAAAGAUUAUGUUGUCGGAGAAACAUCUGGUAUCAGUGUGUGCGGACAACAACCACGUUCGGACAUGGACGGUGACCCGAUUCAGAGGGAUGAUCUCCACCCAGCCCGGCUCCACCCCUCUGGCCUCCUUCAAAAUACUGUCCCUGGAGGAGACGGAGAGCCACGGGAGCUACUGCUCUGGGAAUGAUAUAGGUCCAUUUGGAGAGAGAGACGAUCAGCAGGUUUUCAUUCAGAAGGUCAUCCCUAUCACCAACAAACUGUUUGUGAGGCUUUCAUCAACUGGAAAAAGGAUCUGUGAAGUGCAGUCAGUAGACGGGACCACCAUCUCUUGCUUCAUGGUACGGGAGUGCGAAGGUUCUAGUCGGAUGGGGUCAAGGCCUCGGCGCUAUCUGUUCACUGGUCAUGGCAACGGCAGCAUCCAAAUGUGGGACCUGACCACUGCGAUGGACACCGCUAACAAAGGAGAGGAGAGGAAGAAAGAGGAUGUGGGUGGGCCUACAGAGGAGGAGCUGCUGCAGCUGUUGGACCAGUGUGACCUGAGCACCUCCCGCUGUGCUACACCAAAUAUCAGCCCCGCCCCCUCUGUGCUGCACCACACACGCCUGCGAGAGUCCUGCUCAAGUCUGCAGUUACAGGCCCAGGAGCCCAUUCCUGAGAGCCAGGCCACUUAUGGAGCUGUGCGACCCUACAGAGAGAGCCCCCUGCUGGCCCGUGCUCGACGAACUGAGUCCUUCCACAGCUACCGAGACUUCCAGAACUUCAGCCUGAGUCGAGGUGUCCUGGACAGCACAGGUCAGAUGUCUGCCCAGAGCCCCAGCCAGGUCUCCGACACCCGCCGCUCACUCUGUGACUUUGGGCUUGAGGACAGUGAGAGGAGAUCCUCAGCUAUGGAGCUCUGGGCUUGCCGAACCACCAGCGCAAGCUCUAGCACAAGUGUCGGGGCUUUGACCGCUGCUGGUGUUUCUGGGGCGAAGGCAGAAGGCGGCCAAGAAAACCCACCAGACAGCCCGAUUCCGGGGGGUGACGUUAGGCGAAAGGUGAACCCACCAGAGGAGGGAGAGGGUCUGGGAUCUGGGGGAGAUGCUGCGAAGGCAGAGGGAGGUCUGAAGAAAAGGGGAGUACUUGAAGGAGGCUUUCUAGGGAGGAAGAGGGCUCCCCCAGUUCCUCACCUCUCCUCCGUCCCCUCUGGAUCUGAAGGUGGUGGCAGCGACUCAUCUUCAAAUGCCUCCCCCUCCCCAACCAAACUUGCCGCCUCCACCUCGCCACGACACAGGAAGCUGGCCCCUGAGCCAUCCAAUCAGGACGGCAGCCUGUGAAGGUGCAAUGUUCCCAUCAUCCAUUUCUCUUGAUCCCAGUCAGUGGAAUCAUUUCAUGGAGGCGUCCUGUUGGCGCAUUUAGGACUGAAUAUAAAGUUUGGUUCAGGAUGUAAAUGGGUAAAGGAUCUCUUUCUUUUGGGAGCACACGCAUAAUGAGUCUGUGUCUCAACACAGGUCUUUCACUGUGUUUGUUCCCGAGGCUGAAAAACUUUUAUUUAAACUAUACACCUUUAAUUUGAGUCAGUGGAACUCAAACAUUGUUGUGAUACUUUUUACUACAAAACCUGACAUGAGGGAUCAGUUACAAUAUCCCAGCACUAGACGCAUGACCUCUCAACCAGAACAGGAAUGCAUUUUCUUUUUUCGAUCACUCUUGCAAAAUGGACUGGAGUUCCUACUAUCUCUGCUUGCUUUUUGUGUUUGUUUUUAAUCUUAGCAGAUUGGUGGUGAGGUUAGCACUUUGAGGCACGAGUCUGAUAGUAAUUUGACAGCUCAGUGCUGAAGAACCGCUGACACCGUUUUCUCUUCCUGUGUUGCUGUUCACUCGACAGCUUAACACAAACACAGUAAAUACAGGCCCAGGCAAAAGUCUGUUUGCUCUGGUAUUGUCAGGGGUGUGUCGCCGGCUGUUUGAUUUGAAGCACAAUCAAGUGUUAGGCCACAGAUAAGACUGAACCCAUUAACUCAUCAAGGUUCAUUAAAAUAAUUUUUAAAAAAAGAUAGCACAGCACAUUAAUAGUAACAGACUGGGGGUUUCUAAUACAAUCUGAGGAGUGUGUUAUUUAGCUUGUGAGAGCCUGAAACAGCCCCCAAAAAGGAAUUAACAAAGGCACACACCCUGCUUUUUUUUUAAAUCAGAUUUUUAAAAUGUUUUUAUUGACUUAUAGUCUGGUAGGAAUGACGAUGUUCCAAACCUGACUGUAACCAUUUAAGCGUACACAAAAAUCCAAAUUUAAACAGACCUCACAUGUAAAAUAUCUUGAUCUUCAACUAAUUUAUUUUCAUCAAGUAAUCUGUCAUAUUAUUUUUCCAACAAUUUGUUAAAACUGUAAAUUGUCAGAAGAUCUUCUGCAAUCUCAUCCCAAAAAUAAGCAAUUUACAAUGAUAUAAGAGUAAAAAAGGAGAAAAUCCUCACAUUUGAGAAGCUGAAAUCAGCAAAUGUAGCUGAAAAGUUUUCAUUAAUCAUCAAACAAUUAACUGACUAAGAUGUUCACUAAUUCCAUACGGAUUUGUCAAAGGGAUCAGACAGAACUCAUGAUGAUAUCUGGCGUCUCUGAACACAUGCAAUGUGUCGCGCAGUAGAGUUUUACUUACCUUAAACACGUUACCCUAGCCAGAAUCUUGGCAGCUACUUGAAAUGUCCCAAAAAUACUUUGCUGUGGCCAGAGACACAACGGUUAUUGUUGUUAAAGCAACGACACUAAAAGUAAGCAAGCACUAGAGUCAUUUUGCAUCUCCAGCAUGCAGUAAAACCUUUCUAGGUUUGUCGUUCCAGAGCUCAAUGACAACUAUGCAACAGUGGAGUUAUGAUGCAAAGCAGCUAAAUCUAACACUCUGUGGUUACCACUUGAAGUCUUAAGGACUGCCACAUAGUGAGACGUGUUACACAUGGAUUAUGGCCUGUAAAAACAAUGAAUCCUCGUGAACAGAUGCCUGCUUUUCACUGCAGCUGGUUGUUUAAAUUUCUACUUCAUUAUUUACAGGACAAUUGCAUCCUAAUUUAUUUUUAUACUAAGAGUAGCAUAACAACCUUAGCGAAAAAUGUUAACUGUUGUGUGCAACAUGCGACAUUUACUGUAUCCCAGAGCAACAAUUUGAGGCAUUUUCAUCCAACACUUGUAAAUAUUAAUCCGGAAACAAAUUAGCAGCAAACAGCUGGAACCUUACAGUUUGAGGGACUUGUUUUUGGAGCUUUAUCCAUAGAUCACCUUUAGCUACAUUUUAUAUAGAAACAAAAUCUGUUUUUAAUUCUUUCUGGUUUACGUAUGACCUUUCCUAAAUGUCUAAACGGAGGGAAAUCAUUUGGCACCUGCUGUAUUGCUGUUCAGACAGCACACAUCUGUGCUCAUAGUUCAUAAUUAAGAAAAAGUAGUUGUG